CUGACUUUGAGAAGUCCCAUAAGCAACAACCCAUCCGCUUUGGAAAUAAACAUCAAACGGAAAAAAGAUCCUCAAACAGAUUUCCUAUUUUUGCAACUAUCAAUUAAUUUGAGUCAUGCGAUAUUUCAAUCCUUCUUUCGUGUGUCACAAUGUUGCUCUUUUACGUGUCCAGAUGACGUAUUGAGGAGACCCUUGGCAACCGUUACCGUGUACGUUGUAAAAACCUUGGGUACUGAUACAGGUGUCUCGUACCACAUCCUGAUGGGAGGCAAGGCAUCAGUUAGCCUUACAGGCGGUGCAACAACCAACCACGUUUUGGUCAAUAUACAACCGCUUACAACAUACCUAGAUCUACUGGCAGGUGCGACAAAUAAGAUACCUUAUCCUGUGGACGUGGUUGGGGUCGGCCCGUAUAGGUACAUGUUGACAGACUUGAAUCAAGGCGGCGAACACACGGACGGCGUCAUCAUCUUCCUGCACCAGAUCCACCCUCCAGCCGCGUGUAUCAUGUUCAAACAUGGUUCAAAAGCAACGUAUGAGAUCCCCUUCGAUCUGAAACCCGCCACAGAGUUAACUUCAACGUUUCAGAAUCCACACAAGUCACGCCAUGGAUGACGUAUAUAUUGAAAAUUCACACUCAAACGUAACAACGUUUACUACAUGUAGGUGUAUCCAGCUUAUCAAAUGAUAAUUAUAGUCAAGUUGUACUUUUACAUUUAUUCCAUACAACAGAGUCAAUCUAAUUUAGUUGAAUAAAUAAGUGUUAGUUGUGUUUUCGGUGAAUAUCAAUGUUUUUUAACCAGUUGUAUAUUUGAUAUACAUGUAUUAUAAAAAGGUAAGGUAUUACCUGCUAGAAAUUUAUCAGAUGAAAA